CCUCUUAUUUUAAGGUUUAUUUUUGUAAGCAUAAUUUUCUUCAUUUAUUAACUUGGCAUUUUUAUUACAUACCUUUAUAAUAUUUAUUGGUUAGAGAUUUUUAUAAAACCUUGCAAUUAGCAUUUUUAUCGCAAAAAAUAAAAAGCAGACACAAGUUUACUAACCAACGAUGAAUUCAUGCUUGCUAUUAUUGCCGAUGCUUAUGUCCGUAUAUGGCAUCGUUAUUCCAUGGCAUAGAAAUGUAACUGAAGAUAAGAAUGAAUAUGCCUUUGAAAAUCGUAAAAGAGAAGAUAUUAGCACUAUUAAUAUGAGAUAUGGAAUUCUCUCUGAUAUGAAGUUUAAAGAUGGCAAUAAACGUGCAAUGCCAACAAUAUGGAAAAAUAAUUUAGGGCAACCACGAGUUCCCUAUGUAUUUCAAAUGUCACCUGGAUAUGAUUUUAGAAGUAUUAUUCUAAAAUCUAUUGGUAUGUUGAACUCUUAUAUGACCAGUAACUUAUGUAAAUCGAAUCCUGCUGUUUGGGUUCCUCGCACUAAUGAACAAGAUUACGUUUUUUUCACAUCUAUAGCCAAUGGAGGAUGUUGGAGUUAUCUUGGUAGAAUUGGAGGAAAACAACAAAUAAACAUUGGAAAUGGAUGUCAAUAUACAGGGAUUGUAUUGCACGAAAUGCUUCACGCUAUGGGUUUUAUACAUGAACAAAAUCGUUGUGAUCGUGAUACAGCUGUUACAAUUGCAUCCUCAAACAUACAAAAAGGUUUGGAAAAUCAGUUUUUGAAAGACUCUUCAAUAAAGCAAUUUCCUUCAAAUUAUGAUAUAUAUUCAAUCAUGCAAUACCACUUGUGGUCUUUUGGUAAUUAUCCAUUUCGAUAUUAUACUGAUUAUACCGAGGCAAGAAAAACUAUUAAAGUAAAAUCAACUUUCUUAACUCUGACACAAGCACAGGAGUGGAGCAUCGGGAAUGGGGACGACUUAAGUGACACAGAUAAAAAUGAGCUUAAUAUUAUGUAUGGAUGCUUAGUUUCUCCAUGUACUGUUGGUUGUGAUGGCGUUUUAAGAUGCACAGGUCCGCAAAAUCCUGCAAUAACAACGAUGAGACCAACUACUACCGCGAAACCUAAAGGUGACGACAUUAUUCCAAAAUUUGUCAAGAAACUCAAAUCAAAACUUAACGCAAAACGUAAAGAUGACAACAUUCGUCUAAAACCUUCCUCAAAUCCUACACCAAUAUUUAGAGCGAAUCCGAAAUCAAAAACAUUGUAAAUGAAACAUGUUCUUUUAGCGAACAUUUUUUUGAAAAUAGGAAAUAACAUUUUAAUUUAUUGUUGCACAAUAUUUUUAACUUUUUUUAUUUUUAGUUGUGUUUAUAAUUGCUUGUAAAGUUCUUAUUAAGAUUAUAAAAAAAGUGUUUUA